AUGCCCUCAAAAUCGAGCACCAAGUCCAAGUCGCAGCGCCAGACAAAGGGCUCAAAGGCCAGGAUCCUCGACCAGCGUUACACAUGCCCUGCCGAAGGCUGUAGUCGCAUCUGCCGCAACACAGCCGGUCUUACGCAACACUUCCGCAGCCAACAUACGGGCGACAUCCAGGACUUUUACUAUCAUCAACCGGCUCCUCCUAGUCCUCUCCUUCCUCACGCACCUCCCAGCCGUUCCCCUUCUCCUUCUGGCUUCUCCCUUCGCCCAUCUUCCCCUCUCUUUGAUCCAUACAAUGAUGACGACCCCAUGGUUGGAGACGCAGUCAAAGUCGGACGGUUAACGAGAUACUUUCAUAAGUUUCUUACCGGUCAAAAGUGCAGCUCGACUGGCGAAUUCCUCCCACCCGGCACCCCACCUAGUCCUCCAUCCAACUGCGAUACCGACGACUGGCACCCGUUUGGCUCGCGGCUCAAGUUCGAGACCGCCGACUUCUUGUUUCGAAACGUCCAGAUGUCGGCCGACCACAUCAACUUCCUCUGCCGGCUAUGGGCAAUGUCCCUUGUGAAGCAUAACGACAACCCACCAUUCCGCGACCACACGGAUCUCUACGACACCAUUGAUGCAUCAAAACUGGGAGAAAUCCCGUGGAGAUCCUUCUCUGUCAAGUACAACGGCCCGAAGCCCGCGCGCAGUAUCCCACCAUGGAUGGGCGCCGAAUACGAUGUGUGGUUUCGUGACCCACAUCUCGUUGUCAAGAACAUCCUGGCGCGCCCUGACUUCAAGAGCGAGCUUGAUUACACCCCCUACCGCGACUACGACGAGAACGGAGUGCGUCAGUACGAGAAUCUAUUCUCAGGAGACUGGGCUUGGGAGCAGGCGGACAUCAUCUCUCAAGACCCGGCGACCCAUGGAUCAACGUUCGUGCUAGUGAUCCUCGGGAGCGACAAGACCACGGUCUCCGUCGCAACCGGUCUUACUGAGUACUAUCCCCUCUACCUCUCCAUCGGCAACGUUCAUAACAACACGCGCCGAGCUCGCCGGAAUGCUGUUGUUCUCAUUGGGUUCCUGUCCAUCCCCAAAACCAAUAAGACCUUCUCCGGCGACCCAAACUUUCGAAAAUUCCGCCGUCAGCUGUACCAUGCCUCCCUGUCAAGCAUCCUUCAGUCGCUCAAGCCCUACAUGACGAAGUACGAGGUGGUCCCUUUCGGGGAUGGGUAUCAUCGUCGCGUGAUAUACGGCAUUGGGCCGUAUAUUGCCGACUAUCCCGAACAAGUCCUUCUUGCAGGGAUUGUUCAAGGAUGGUGUCCGCGCUGCUUGGCUUUCCCAGACGACCUCGACACCCAAAGCAUGCAACGGACUCGACAUCACAACGAAACGCUCGUGCAAGAGCUUCCUCCGGGGGUAUUAUGGGAUGAGUACGGUACAAUUGCGGAUGUCGUGCCAUUCACGAAUGAUUUCCCCCGAGCUGACAUACACGACCUCAUCGCGCCUGACAUCCUCCAUCAACUCAUCAAGGGAACCUUCAAGGACCAUCUCGUCGACUGGGUCGAGCAAUAUCUCGAGAAGACUCACGGGAAAGCGCGGGCUGCUCAGAUUUUAGAUGAUAUUGAUCGACGAAUCGCUGUCGCCGCCCCUUUUGCAGGCUUAAGACGAUUUCCGCAAGGGAGGGGAUUUAAGCAAUGGACGGGGGAUGACUCAAAGGCUUUAAUGAAGGUUUACCUUCCCGCCAUCGAGAACCACGUUCCUCCCGACGUGGUGCGCGCGUUCCGCGCAUUUCUCGAGUUCUGCUACUACGUCCGACGCAAUGUCAUCACCGAGAAGGACUUUGACGACAUGGACAACGCCCUCGCGCGCUUUCAUCGAUACCGGAAAGUCUUCGUCGACUCUGGGGUCAGCAUGACCCUCUCCCUCCCCCGCCAGCAUUCCUUGGUUCAUUACAAGUAUCUGAUACGAAGGUUUGGCGCGCCCAAUGGCCUCUGCUCGUCCAUCACCGAAUCCAAGCACAUCGAGGCCGUGAAGGAUCCCUGGCGCCGAUCAAGUCGGUUCAAUGCCCUCGGUCAAAUGCUCACCACCAAUUCUCGACUUGACAAGCUCGCCGCGUGCCGUGUCGACUUUGAUGCACGGGGAAUGCUUCAUGGAGACGGGCUUGAGAAGGAGCUAGCUCUAUUGGAAGAAGGUAUCCGAGGUGCGUACUAUCACUCCUUCCCCUGCUCGCCUUCCUUUCUGACGACAUCAGCCCGCAAACGCGCCCGCACCCUACCAGAUUUGGCCCAAGAAAUCGGCGCACCCACCAUCAUUGAGGAGACACGUCGUUUCCUCUUCUCUGCCCUCCGCGCUCACGAUCCCCGGCUCAAAUACAACAUCCACAUUCCCAUUGAAGAAUGUCCCCGCGCCCCUAUGAAGAUCACCGUCGUCAAUUCUGCGGUCUCGACGUUCCGGGCGCCAAGCGACAACUGCGGCACGGGUGGCCUGAAGCGCGAGCGUAUUCGAUCAACGCCUUCAUGGCGGAAUGAGGCUCCGCGUCAGGACUGCGCAUUCCUCCUUACGAACGAGUCAUUGCCCGGAACGCUUUCGAUGGACGUUGCUCGUAUCCUCGCCUUCUUCAAGUUCAAUCUCCAGGGGACGGUCUACGAGUGCGCUGUCGUGCAUUGGUACGAGUACUAUUCGAACGAACGUGAUGACCUAACGGGGAUGUACAUUGUCCAGCCUAUGUACAGACGAGAUGGCACACGACACACAGCUGUUGUUGACGUCGAUACAAUGGUCAGGGGCUGCCACCUCCUCCCCGUCUUCGGAAAGGAUCCCGUUCCUGAAGAUAUGACCUGCCAUCAGUCGUACGAUAGCUUUGAUGGAUACUACAUCAAUCGUUUCAUUGAUCAUCACGCGUUUGAGUUAGCAUAG